AAAUUGUCUCAUAAUUUUGCGAAACACAAUAAAUCGAUCGAAAUCGCAAUUCGCAAAAGGGGGGAGAGAAUCUUUAUCAUGUAUAUCACUCUGCAAAUCCCUUAAAAAAAAAAAAAAAAAUCUACGAGCACGCAUAUAUAUAUAUAUAUAUGCAUACAUAUACACAUAACUGCGGUAUAUUGUGUGUGAUCGGCGUCGUCGCAAUUCGUAUUCAGCGUAAAGUAAACCCCCGCGGCGCCAAAAUCCGCCUCCCCGAUUUUGGUCGAUUUCAACCUUCGCCAUGACCGGAAAGGCGAAACCGAAGAAGCACACAGCCAAGGAGAUUGCCGCGAAAGUCGACGCCGCCACCACCAACCGCGGCGGAGGCAAGGCCGGCCUCGCCGAUCGCUGCGGGAAGGAGAAGGGCGGCCACGCCAAGCUGGAGUGCCCCCUCUGCAAGGUCACCGCCCCCGACGUGAAAUCGAUGCAGAUCCACCACGACGCCCGCCAUCCCAAGGUCCCUUUCGACGAAACAAAGCUCAAUAACCUUCACGGCACCAACGAAGCUGAGCCCUCCAAGGCCAGGCCCGGCGUCCGCGGCAGCUUGAAGAAGUGAUUUCCUCUUCUUUUUUUCUUUUUUUCUUUAACCCAAAAUUAUACAUAAAUAUAGUUCAGCUAGGGCGAGUGCUUAUCCUGAUUACUAUAGCAGAUUAUAUGCGCUUUUUAUGCUGUAAUUUGUGGGUGUUAUUAUGGAUAUGGAGGUAUAAUAUUACUUGCUGAUCGUAAAGUUACGCCUUA